GCCCAAUAUUGUAGUCUCGACUUAAUAUUUUGCCAUAUUGGGCUCAGAAGAAUCCAAUAAGAUAUAAUAUUUUUCAACCUCAUCCAAUAAUUGUAUGCCUGUUUUACUUUGUUAUUUAAAGAAACUGACAGGAGAGAACCAUCAAAUUACAGAGAUGACGUAUGAUGAAAUAAAGAAACUUAAAAUAAAGAAACAAUUAAUUUAUGGUAUGUUUUACUAUUAUUUAACUGUACCAGGUACUACAUGGACUACAUGGUGUACUUACAGUACUUACCAGGGUCUGGCUGUAUAAAAGGCUUGUAUAACUAACUAUUAAUUAAAACUACUGAGUAUUUUAACAAAAUACAAAUUAAACAAGUGUAACUCUAAAGAUCGAUAACAUUUUUAUAUUAUCAUUUUUGUAUCUGCGAAGCAGAUACUGCGGAUUUCGAUUUACCGUUUCAGGGCUUGCGUUUCCGGUGAUUGUUUUUCCGUUCAAACGAACAAGUUGCUAAGGGCCAAUGUCAAUGUUACUAAGUGAAGUCUAGUGGUCUUUGUCCAUUGUUUUCUCAUCCGUUGUUUAUCAUUUGUGAAUGUAACUGUUAUAUUCGUAUUUAUCUCGUCAUUGGCAACAUUUUGAUAUAUAAUUUACGAAAUUUUGUGGAUCAUUUCAUGUUUUUUAUUGAUACUUUGGAAAUUGUAGCGUAUAAAAGGCCAGUAAAUAAUUAUGAAACCUUUUAUACGCUACAAUUUCAAAAAUAUCAAUAAAAACAUGAAAUGAUCCACAAAGCUUUGUAAAUUAUAUAUUAAAAUGUUGCCAAAGACGAGAUAAAUACGAAUAUAACAGUUACAUUUACAAAUGAUAAACAACGGACAACAAAACAGCGGACAAAUACCACUAGACUUCACUUAGUAACAUUGACAUUGACCGUUAGAAACGUGUAAGUUUCAACGGGAAAACAAUUACCGGUAAAUCGAAACGGUAAAUCGAAAUCCGCAGAAAGCGCUGAAACGGUAAAUCGAAAUCCGCAGUAUAUUGCCAUCGCGCGCGUACCGGAAGUUUGUAAGCGUGCUCAUAGCCAAUCAACGACAGCGCAUAGAUGAAAUGACGUGAUGAUACUAAUUUCAAAAUGGCGGUUUACUGAAGGGUGAAACAAAAGGCAAUUUGUGAAUUUACGAUUCAAAUUAUACAUCAAACGCAGUUUAAUACAACGUCAUUUUACUAGUCUGAAUAUAGCAAAUGUCGAUAGUGCAUUUUUGGCAAGCAUUUGAAGGGUUUCAUCAUUUAAUACGCAGUGGAAACGAAAUUAUUCGCAAUUUUUGACAAGAAAAUAUAUUGACUAAUGCAUUGAGAAUACUAUUAUGAAACUAUGAAAGUAAUGGUUCUUCCACAUGUUGCCGUUGUAGGUGUAUAUCGAGUUGUAAGUGUUGAUGUUUAUGUACUUCUCAAUUUAACAUUUUCAUUGGUGACUUUAGUUAAUAUAAAUUAGUUGAAUGAAAGUAUGAAACCAAUAGAAGGCUGUAUAAUUUCGUAAGGUUACAUAAUUUCUUUAUUAAUGAUCAUAAAUAUAGACAAUUGGUGUCUGCUUUCAUUACAGACUUUGAUAGAUCAUUUUUAUACAAAUUUAGCAGAGUCAGAAGCUAAGUCACACAUAUUGGAGACAUUUCUCUUAAAACACUUUAUAGCAGUACUUAUCUGCAUUGAAUAAUUACUUUCAUUAAAGAAAAGUCAAAGUAAUAGUCGCUGCAUAAAGAGCAGAGAUUCAGUUUUAGAUUGGAAUAUAAAUACUUAUAGUAACAGUUGCAACCAGUCAUAAUAAUCAACUUGCAGCAUAUAACUAUAUCCUGGAGGGGGUGCUCCCUUCUUCACCCACCCUGAUUUCUGCAACUGAAUGUCAUUGCCAAGAACACCUGCAGGUAAGCAAUUUAUAUCCGCCUUCACCUAUCCUAUACUAUAUUGUCUUAUAAUCAACAACAACCAUAUGUCAUAAUGGAAUCUUAUUUAUAGCACAAAAUGUACAAAACUAACAUAAUAUUCGUUUAGUGGAUUUUCUUCCACGACAAAAUAUUAUUGCAUGGAUCUGGUAUGCUGAAUUAUAUCAUUCUAUUCAAGAACUAUAUGCAUCGAUUAUACUUCUAAUUUCCAUACUUGUCAUCAUUUGUUGCUGAUGAAUGACUUUCAAUAUAUGACCUAUUUGAUAAUAUUUACUAGGCAUAAACAGUUGAUUUGUGUGCCAUGAACCCUGACUAUGACAUUUUCUAAAAUGAAAUAAAUCAAUUAUAAACAGCAGAAAUAUUGAUUUUAUGUAUCAAUUAUGGUAUAAAAAGGCUUUCGAAACUCUGCAAAUGUAUAUUGGCACCACCUGUUAACCUGACAACUUCUAAGCAUCUACAACGUUCUCGCAUGCCUGCUAAAGUUUAUUAUGAGUUAUCAAGAAGAUUUGGAACACGAAAUGUUUUAACAAGAACACAGAGAUGGAUUUACUGGGGGGAUGUGGGGUGUGCACCCCCCCCCCCCUUAGCCUUGGCCAGAGGGGGUGCGGGAGGGGUGUCCUAUUUUUCAUAAUAAGCAAAAAUUAUUAGAAACAAAAUGAGAUACAGAAAUUUGAGUAAUAAUAUGAUGAUAGGCAAACUGUGAACAACAAUUACAAUUCAAAUACUGUAGUCAAGCAAGACUUUGCAAUAGCGAAGCAAGUUGAUUGGCGGGCGGCACACAUGACCGACACAACUCGGAACCAGAGCAACCCCCCAACCAUCCCGGCAAAAAAAUUAUAAAACUAAGAUGAUUCAACAAGAACAUCAUAAAAUUGAAUAUCAUCUUUGUGAAGUUAUGGCCGGAAUUAGUUUCUGCAAGUUGAAUAUAUAUCAGCCAUUUUAUUUUUCUUUCAUCUGACAUACUAUAAAUCUAACUUUAUUUAACUGGUCAACUGUUACACAUCAGUCCCUUAAAUUCUUUUACAAGCUACUGAGUGUUGAUUGAAGCCCUUGGCAACAGUGCAAUCACCAUGAGCAGAUACAUGUACGCUUAGCGAACCUAUUUUCAUAUUUUAUAUAUAUAUAUGACCAACAACAAUUCGUCUAUUUGAAAUUACCAUUCAUCAACGAUAUAAUUCAAACGGCGGGCUUUGGGGAUCUUAAAUCGAUCACGCAUACAAACGUAAAAUACAUUUUAUGAAUGGUCCACCCUUGUCGAAAGUUUUUGCCCCACCUAAAGAAAACAGAACUGUCCCGAGGGAUGCGAGACAUGCAAAAUAUCAUCCAAACCAAAUCGCUGCCUACAGAAAAAUGUGGUAUAUAAUUAUAUUAUAUGUUCAGCAUGUGGAACCGUAUACAUUGGGAAAACGGGACGAACAGUAGGAUCACGAGUAAAAGAGCACCUAACCAUGGAGAAACAGACAGUAUAUAAACACUUAGCAUCCCAUAAUAAAUGCAAAUAUUACCGCAAAUAACCUGGAGCAUUUUCAACAUGAGCUCCACCUUUGAAUUUACUAUAUGAGUAAAUUCUUAAACUCGUCCGAAUUUAACAUUAUGAUAAAUUCGCGGCACAUUCUGAAUUUAUCAAUAGAGUUAAUCAUGAAACCACAAUCGUUGCACAAGGUUCCUUGUUAUGAAUGUAAUGGCACUAAAAGGGAGGCUCGUCGCGCAGGGGCGGGGAGUUUUCCAAGUUUUUUAAAAAAAUAGUUUUUAAAAAAGUUUUAAAAGAGUUUUAAAAAGCAAGGAAAGUUUAAAGAGUUAGAUUUUUAAAAAAGUUAAAAAAAUUUAAAAAGUUAAAAAAAUUAGGGUUAGGGGUUAGGGGUUAGGGAUAGUGGUUAGUGGUUAGGGUUCUAUUAUACGUACAUUUUUAGCAUUUUAAAUUAGAUAAACACUUGUAUAUAUAUAAAACGGAUAUAUUACUGUAAAUCAUCACCACUGGAUCACCAAGGAUCAAUUUAGAAUUCCAAAAAAUUCAUUAUUUACUGAACAAAUAUGAUUUUAGAAAAUAAAUAGACCAUUCAUAUAAAUAAUAUACAAUUUAAGUCUUUCGUUUUUUAUUAUCGUUCUUGUUUCCUUCGAUGAAACUGUCGACAUCAACCAACACGAACCUCGAGUCGGCCAUCUUUGUUUUGACAAAGCGCGAAAUUUAGUUAUCGUAUCUGUUAUCUGUUAUCGAGUAAAACUGUUAUCGAGUACGAUAACCUAUUUAUUAUAUACUUGUACCUUUAUCAGGGUUUGACACCCAAAGGUAAACAGUUUUGAAAAAAUAGGAUCAUUUUAGAAUUCAAAACAAUUCAUCAUUUACUGAACAAAUAUGAUUUUAGAAAAUAAAUAGACCAUUCAUAUAAAUAAUAUACAAUUUAAGUUUUUCAUUUUGUAUUAUCGUUCUUGUUUUCUUCGACAUCAACCAACACGAACCUUGAGCCGACCAUCUUUGUUUUGACAAGGCGCGAAAUUUAGCGGGACAAAAAACGAUAUCCGGGACAAAAAACGAUAUCCGGGACAAAACACGAUAUCCGGGACAAAAAACGAUAUCCGGGACGAUAUCGUUAGUAUGUCCCGCUGCUUCCUACCUGAUAAAGGUACAAGUAUGUGAUAAUUAGUGAUAUAGUUUACCAUCUUGUAAAAGAUUUCUAGAAGGUCUAGCUCCGUGUGAAUGCAAAAUUGUCUUGCGUUAAACAUCAAUAUGUGUAAUAAAUAAAUUUCUUUCUAUUUCAGGUGAUCGUGUCUAUAAUUACACAAAAACUGAGAAGAUUCCACUUCUAGAAGAUCUGUUGAAGAUGAUGAAAGACUCAGGGUUGCUCAUGAUCUUGGAAAUGAAACCAUCCGACGUACCUUAUAAUUUCAAACACAGCCAAGAGACCGGUGUGGAGGUCGCGAAAAUGGUGAAGAGAUUCGGACUAGAGAAGCAGGUUGUUCUAAGUUCAUUUAAUCCGUUUAUCUUGUAUUACGCUCGCAAGGAACUUAUCGUCAACACGUGUUUUCUGGUACAAAAAGAGUACUGGAACGACAAGGUAUACAUGUCAGCAUCAAAAGCAGACCUUGGACACCUCGAAGGUUUGAAAGACUGUGUGAAAAAUAUAUCUAAUUCAGAAUACGGGAAAUUUAUUUUGGAAACACCAGCAGUAGUUAAAGCUAUUGGUGCUUCGAGCCUCGAUAUGGAUUAUGAUAUUUAUAAUAACCCCAAGUAUUCGAAUGACACUUAUGCGAUGUUUAAGAAGAACUACGGACCGGAGUUUAGUUACGGAGCGUGGACUAUAUACAAAUUGAAAUUUAAUGAAAAACAACUGGAUGAUUCGGAGAAGAAGAUAAAAAAUCUGAUUGAUAAUGGAGCGGGGAGAUUGUAUACAGAUGAUAUUCCACGUUUGUUGACGAAACUAGGGCGACCAGUGCGUAAAAAUUCUGCAAGUUUGGCUGUCAACUACAUUACGAUCCCUCGUUUUAUAAUUACUGUUCUACUAGUAUUUAGUCUGAUAGAGUAAAUCAUGACGAGGAGUGAGGCGGAAAACCAUCUGAGUUAAACUAAUGGUUUAAAUAGCUUCGACGUUUAAAUGUCAUUGAUAAAUCAGUUUGUUAGCCAAUUGGAUAUAACUGUUAGGAAUUUAGACAUUUAGAAAUGUUCUAAUUAUUAGCCUGGUUUGUGAAGCUAUCAGAUGUUGUAAUGUUAAAUAUAAUCUUAUUCACUUUUAAAUAAAGUCUAAACAAACAGC